AUAUAAAUCAUAGCGCCUCUCUCUCUCUCUCUCUCUCUCUCUCUCUCCAUUUUUUGUUAAAUUUUCGCCCUUAAUCAAUGUAUGCGAAUAUUGAUUAUUUCAUCUCUGUGAUUUAGGGUUUCUGCGUUGUGAUUUCGCUUGUUGAGAUUGAUGCAUGCAAGAUGAUGGGAUCCUUUCUCAGCAGAGUCUCUAUAAUGAUUCUUGGCUAUGCUUAUCCGGCUUAUGAGUGCUACAAAUCUAUCGAAUUGAACAAACCGGAGAUCAACCAACUCCGAUUUUGGUGUCAGUACUGGAUAUUAGUUGCAUUGCUAACCAUUUUCGAGAGGAUUGGAGAUGCCUCAAUUUCAUGGUUACCAAUGUAUAAUGAAGCAAAAUUGGCAUUCUUUAUAUAUCUUUGGUGCCCUAAAUCUAAGGGAACGAAGUAUGUAUAUGAGGCCUUCUUUAGGCCAUUUAUGGCGAAACACGAGAGCGAGAUUGACCGCAACUUGCUUGAGUUGAGAACCAGUGCUGGGGAUGUUGCUGUUAUCUAUUGGCAAAAGUCUGUUAGUUAUGGUCAGACAAGAUUUUUUGAAGUUUUGCGGUAUGUUGCUUCACAGUCGAAGACAGAACCACAAUCAGGAACAGCUAACCCUGUCCCAGUCUCAAAUAUGACUAGUAAGAAUAGAUAGGGCCAAAUAUGUUGUGUAUAUAUAUAUUUCUUCUAUUUUGUGUCAUGCAAUAUAACGUAAAAGUUUAUUGUGUUUAUGUGAGGCCUUAAGAAUGUUGCUUCACAAUCGAAGCCAGAGGAGAGCUAACCCUGUCAGGUCUUCACAAGUAGGGAUAUACAGGGCCAGUAAAUACUCUAAUUAUAUAUUUCUUUUAGCUUAUGCUUGUACAUACUUCAGGCAUUAGCAUGUUAAAUAGUCUUGUACUAACAUGUUAAAGAGUCCUGUACAUCUGUCAUAAAAUAUUCUUCUGUACGAGUAAAAACAGCGAUAUGAACUAGUCCCCUGACUUCUGUGAUUUCUUGGUUAAAUUACUCUAAUUUAAUGCAUGUACUUUAUCCUCAAUGUUGUAUGUUCUUCCACAUUCAUAAUCUUUUUUCCCCUGGUCAUGCAAUUUGUGAAUGUAGAUAAUUUAUGGAAAUACAUUCAGUUCGUAUCAUAUGGGAUAUGGGAUUUUCCAGGAAACAUAUGCCAUAUUGAAAAACUAAGAAUCUGUGAUCUUGUUGGAGGACCUUUUGUUUUUUAUCAUAAUAAAAAAAAUUAUUAAGAGCUUUCUCAUGUGCUGACUUUUGGAGUUCAUUGACCAGCACUGCUUUGCACAUUGUCAAACUUUUAACAAAAGAAACUUUGACAAUUUUAAUAAAUGGGGAUAGUAAAUUGAUUUUAUAUUUUCUUUUUUUGCUAAAUAUUUGAUUACCUUUCCAGCCUCUGUUUUUAUUUUAUUUUAACUCCACACUUAUUUUCAUAUUAUUUGGUUACUCCAAAUCAAAUUUUAAAUCUUGUGAAAUCCAAAAUGAAGGGGAUGUACAUAUUAACUUCUUGUUUUAUAUGGAAUUAAUAAUAAAAAAGAGAUAACGCACAUUAAACGGAAAAUUAAGAAAAAUGUAUGAACAAUUUAAUAAAUAGAAAUGUCAAGAUGGGUUUUCACAAUUACAAAAUAUUAACAAACAAAAAGAAAGAAAUGUCAAGAUGGGUUUUCACAAUUACAAAAUAUUAACAAACAAAAAGAAAACCUUUGAAUCUUACACUGCCAUAGCUAAUGAGAAAGGGUAACAAGAAAAAGAGUUACUCUAACUUGCUAGCUUUCCUUGUAACUCUUGCAUAUGUCAACAGAUUCCACAAUCUCUUUCAUGUAACAUUAGCACCAAAGUCUAUUUCCCAAUCAUUUUAAGUGUCAUACGCUCACACAUAGUGGUAUCUUCCUGUAUCAAACUAUCAAUUCUCUUAGAAUACACUCACAUACAAAAAAGAGAGUGCAUGUGUACGUACAUAUAUAAACAUGAAUGUGCAUUCUUUGUCGGAUAUGUUGUACGUGUCUGACAUGAUUAUGCCUUCAUGACGUAAAGGUCUGGUAAGGUAUCAGAAUUCAGAGAAAAGUUGUCAAAAACCAGGAGAGUAAUAGAUAUGCCGCUUGAUCUAAGGAAUUCCUUAUAUGCACUGAGAUCAUGUUCCCAAGCAUAUAUCUGUGUUUUCUUUUCAUCAAGCGAGUGAUUCUUCCUUUUGAUCUUUAAUGCUUUGAUUUCUUCGUUAUAUGAAACAAAUGCACAUGGAUAUACAUAUAGGUUCGUAAGUACUUUAUGGAUAAUACAGAAAAGAAAUAACAGGGAUGGUUCUUGUGUUUGUCUAAAUGGCGGCAAAGACUGCUACUGGAGGCACGCGCUCUCUCUCUCUCUCUCUCUC